UUCAUAGUUGUUACUUUUUGCCGAAUAAAUAAUCGUUUAUGUGAGCGGGAAAUUUCAGAAACUUGUGUGGGAGGAGAUUCAGGGGUGGUGCUAUAGGAGGGGACAAUGCAGACGUGUCAAUGCAGCCCGCCUUUUCUACCCAAUGAAAUGCCUUCCAACCAUUCGUUGCGUGAAUACAGCCAAUCAGAGGGAGAAAAUGCAGCCAUGCGAAAUUACCAUGAGCUUCAAAUAAAUAUCCAGUACUGUACCCCUGGACUGUGAUGUUUAUGCCGGGGAAGAACAUUCCAGAUCCAGGAAAAUCUGUAUUCAAAGAAGGCGCGCUCACCAAGACAGCCGAUGAAAGAGAGAGAAGAAACCGCCGGUCUGGCCACACCCUCUCGCAGAACGCAUCAUUCAUAUGAUAACGACCUGAAAUAAGCCAGAGGGAUGUGGUAAACGCCCCCUAUCAAUAAGAUAAAAUUGGCUGCAAAGUUUUGUUUGGCUUUAUUGACCUUUCAUCACGAUGGCACGUCACGCACGCGAGCGAGCUCUCCGGAUGAUCGUAGACAGUGAGGAAGAAUUCAGUUUUUCAUCAGAAGACGACGAAGACGUUGAUGAUGAAGGCCUGCACUUUGAAGAGGGCUUUGAUCCAGCGCAGGACACAUUUUCUGAUGAGAAUGUGAUUCCUUCACGUGCACCUCGUAGAGAAGUGGCACACAAGCGUCGUUCAGUUUUCAACACGGUUGAGAAUCUUAACGAAUGUGAGAAUGACAGUGACCAGAUACCUGUUGCAAAGAGAGCCAGGAAUUCAUCAUGGAAAGCAGAAACUGAUGUUGACAUUAAUCCAGAGACUCUGAGAUUUCUGCCUGCGCGAAAACCUGGGCCGCAGUUGAGUCUCGCUGACUCUCACUCCCCUAUGAGUCUUUUCAAACUGUUUUUCUCAGAGAGCGCCGUGUCAAAUCUGUGCCACAACACAAACGCUCAGGCUGCCAGGGCACUUGCAAAGGGUCGCAAAUACAGUUGGACAGAUGUCAGUAUUGGCGAGAUGUACCGCUACAUUGGACUCGUUUUCUACAUGGCCGCGGUGAAGAUGAGCUCCAUCGCCGACUAUUGGCGGCAGGACAGUCUUUUCUCUUUGCCACUUCCUGCCACAGUUAUGUCAAGGGACAGAUACCGCACCAUUUCAUGGAAUUUGCACAUGAGUCACCCAGAUGCAGACAAGGAAAAUGACAAAAAGAGGGGCACAGCUGAACAUGACCGACUUUUCAGGAUCAAACCUCUCAUGGACACCAUCCGUCUUGCGUGCAAAGCCUUCUAUCAUCCUAAAAGAAAUUUAGCUGUCAAGGAAAGACUGGUGGCAUGCAAAGCAAAUUUUGGAAUGACACGGUUCACGAAACCAAAGCCAACAAAGCUGGGCUUCAAGUUUUAUGUCCUUUCUGACACAUCAAAUGAAUAUACUGUGGACUUCUCUGUGUACACGGGCAAGAACAGCUUUCCUACAGGCCAUGGGAUUUCAUACGAUGCUGUGAUGUCUCUUCUGGACAAGAAAGCUUUGGGCUCUGGGUACCAUGUUUACAUGGAUGAUUUCUUUACAAGUCCAAAGCUCUUAACAGACCUGCUUGCUAUGAAGUUUGGUGCUUGUGGGACUUACAGAGACUACAGGAGGGGCUUCCCACAGAGCGCAUCUAAUUCGCUGACCAAAAAGUCCACCAGGGGAUCCAUCAGGUGGAUUCGGGAUGGGCCUCUUGUGUGUGUGAAGUGGAUGGACAAAAAAGAGGUGUCUGUUUGUUCCACCAUUCAUGCUGCCUAUACAGGAGACCGUGUGCAAAGAAAAGUGAAAGCACAAGAUACAUGGAGGACAAAGACUUUUCCGUGUCCCUCACCUGUGAUUGCGUACAACCAGCACAUGGUGGGUGCUGACCUGUCCGAUCAGCUGUUGGAGUAUUUCACUGCACAGCACAAAACCAUGAAAUGGUACAGAAAAGUCUUUCUACACUUCUUGGACAUUGCUGCCACCAACGCUUUCUUAUUGCACAAGGAGCUACACGGCAACAUGACGCACAAGGAGUUUAUGGAGCAGCUUACUGCAGAGCUCUGUGGUGUGUCUCAGAAAGAAGCACUGAAACAGACCAGUAUUGACCACGUGCCGGUUCCAGGAGCUGAGCUGACCUCGGAUGUCAGAAAAAUUGCCACUACUGGUCGCCGCAUAUGUGCGCAUUGCAAAGCAGUGUUUGGCAAGAAGCAACAGACACCUUGGAAAUGUCAGGCAUGUGACGUUCACUUGUGUCUUCAGUUGAACAGGAAUUGUUUCCAGGAAUGGCACAAAGACUUGGCUAUAUCUGAGAUGGAAAAGGUCUCUAUCCCUGAGGCUAGCAGCAGUGGAGAUGAGGAUCGAGGAACCUCCAGCAAAGACAGAACAACUUUUCUUGGGCUAUCACAAGCAAAGGCAAAAAGAAGCAUGUGACCAACAGUGGUAUGACAGAACUCAAUGCAUAUAUCAAGGCAGCAUCUGAGGAGGAUGAAACUGACUGCUUGAAAUUCUGGACUAGGCAUUUGAAGGAAGCUGUACUAUUUAGGCAUAAAGGUCUUGGCAGCACCUGCAACCAGUGCACCAGUUGAGAGGGUGUUCAGCCAUGGAGGCCUAAUCAUGCGGCCAAAUCGCAGUAGACUCACUGCAAACACCCUGUCAAAUUUGAUAUUUGUGAUGUGCAAUGCUAUUUUCAAGUAUUCCCUAUUCAGGAGGACUUUACUCAUUGUCUAAACCCUCUGAGCUUGUGUUUGCUUGUGCAAAGUUUUACAUUAUGGUUCUAUUUAGUGUAAAUUAAGUUUUCAUCUUCAAAUAAAGUUUGAACUUUGAAUAUGAA